AUUCCAACAUACAUUUUAAUAUUUGUUAUUGUCUGUUUGAUUUGUCUUUUUUUACCAGAGUGGCUCGAGGCGAACUUCGCAACGGUUUUGCUCUUGUUCGCCCUCCUGGGCAUCACGCUGAGCCUGACGCUGCCAUGGGCUUCUGUUACUUCAACUCCGUCGCCGUGGCUGGUCUGAGUCUCCUGAAAAACCGGCUUGCUCGUCGUGUCCUAAUCCUCGACUGGGACGUACAUCAUGGCAACGGGACACGACUAGCUACUAGCCGACAUCCCGGUCUGGUUUACCUUAGUCUGCAUCGCCAUGACAAUGGUACGUUUUUUCCUGGAACCGGGGCAGUUGGUACGCAGGUUUCACCUGGACCAUCAGCCUCAGCUGGGGCUAGAAGUGGUUGUCAACUUGACGACCCUGUUAUUGCCACUUCUACAAACAAAGCUGUUACGAUGUCGACCGCAAAGUGGCCCAGCAGUCGAGAUGUGGACGAGGGUGUUUUUUGUGCGCCUCGAAGGACUGCUUGGCACAAGUACUGGCGUGACUGCACUGCAGACUGCGAAGAGCCUGAAGACGAAGAGGAGGAGGAUGACGAAGAAGACGAAGAAGACGAAGAGCCCUACCAUGAAGCCAGCAAGGAAGUUGAGCACAGACUACCCGCUCCAGAUGGACAUUUCUCUACUAAAACACCAAUUCAUUUGGCUCCGUGUCCGAUCGCUUCAUCACACGAUCGCUGCAUCCCCGACAAUCGUUGCGCCACCGUCACUGCCAUGGAAUCGUCUACAAUGUCCAGUCUUGGAAAGUCAAAUGACGUCCGACCAGCUGAAAUACAUCGAACUUCCCUUCCUCAACUUCAGCCCAGGUCGUUGCUGGGUAGAGUUGAGCUUUCACAGGCAUCGGGACAGAGAAGAUCGCCACAGAUGGAACGUGUGCUCAAUCUUGCCUGGGGGAGAGUUUCCGAUGAGCCAGUGUGUCGGUAUCAUCACUUUUGCCGGACUGGCGAAACAUUAGAUGCAAUCGGCAGACGGGAGAGCUGGAGAAAAUCUUGUAUCCGAUCUCCCGUGCAGUCUUCCCCACAGGCAGUUGGCAUCCCUCUUGACAAUCAAACCGGCACAAAGGGUCUGGACGAUUUGGCACUCGAAUUAGGCGCCAAUCUGCCUAAAGAUCCGCCUGAAGCUGUAUUGCCAAAUCCGCCUGCCUCUGUCGGUGGGAGUACAUUUUGCGCCGUCAGCAACGGCAGUGGCGACUUUUCGUAUGCCAGUUCGUCGACUUCCGGCUUCGCAUCGCUUACCUCCUCCUCGUUCUCCGACUGGGCCACUCGUAGCACCAGCCUCAGCUCGGCUAGUGCUGCCAGUUUCACCAGUUGCGCCAGCAACCAGUGCGCUUGUAACAUGUGCAGCCAACAGGGCAGCUGCCCAUCAGGCGCACCGCUGCAUCUGGGACCGCCGAGUCCCAAACACGACAGACCUCCGGAGUCUGGUGGUGCAUCGGAUUUGAGGGCUGAAAUCCCCUUUUCAUCCUCUCAGAAGCCUCAGAUUCUCACUCUUUCGCCUUUCCUCAAGCAUCAUCCUCCCUCCUCGUUGGAUUGUAUUCAUCUUCAUCAUCGUCAACAGCACAAGGAGCAUUUUCACCAUCGGCAGGCACCCUUU